UUGGGAGGAUGCGCAGGCGAUCUUUUGUAUUCUGCGUCCUUGUACCCUUCAUGUUCGAUUCGCUGCACAGUAAACGCUAUGCUUCUUCAUAACGUCCAGUAGGAGAACGUUGCGAUUGAUGCGCAUUCGCAUAGUAAAUGGGCCCAAGAUCUAGAAGAAAUCACGCGGCCGCCAUCAGCUUCUUCCUUUCCCAUCCCUCCCUCUUCCUCUCUGUGGGCUUCCUUGCAAGGGCUGGCCUUCCCACCCUUUUCAGCCCAGGAGAGCUAGUCGGGUGCUGGCCCAGGCCAUUCACAAUAGCCAGACACAAGCCCAUUCCAUCUUCCAUGGACGGACAUGCCCUAUGCGCUUCUAGAGUUUUAGCGAACGACCAGACACUUCGCACAGCUCACCUCCUACCCAGACUCUCGUCCAAUAGACCCUUUGUGGCUGCUGUCGCCUCCCCCGGCGUCCACAUGGCAGAAGACGGUAGCGCGCUUCGCCCAUCAUCGAGGAAAGCACUGCGAAUCUGGAUCUUUCCAUCUAGCGAAAAGCCAUGAAAGCUCAGCUGCGAAUAACGCUCCUGCGGCCCUACGGUAGCUACCCCAGCAAUCGAUUUCGAACUUGAUCUCGGCUCUGGCAUCAAGCCUCAUACACCUCGCUAAGACCUUUCGCCCAAUAUCGUGGCUUUCCCAGUUCGGGUGUCAGUCAGCGUCACGUGCCGAGUGGCGCUUCUGGACUGGCCCUUGGCUGCAAUCGAUUUAUUAUUGUUAUCCAUAAUCCUGCUGUGCGGGAGAGCUAGGAAGCGAUUAUUUCUGCGG